AUGAAGUGGUUUGGAAUGUCGAAUUGUGGAGAUGGAGAGCUUGGUGCCUUAGUGGGUGGCGAUGAUGAUGAUGGUGGUGCCUCUUGUGGGGGUGGUGAGUACAUCGGGGAAUUCAGGGGUGAAUAUAACUGUGGAGGAGAUGGAGAAAGGAAUGACAUUGGUAAGGACGAUGGUCCCGUUGGUAAAGCCGUCUUAGAAGCCAGAGCAAUCAUCGAGUGCCUCAACUGGGCGUGGCAGGAAGGCUUCCGUGAUCUCGAAGUUCAAUCAGAUGCAAAGAAUGUUGUUAAAUGGAUUCACGAAGGCCCACUCGGACGUGGACCCAUUCGCCAUCUCAUAGAGGAAGCGCAACAAUGGCUUAACGGAGAAUGGAGGGUCUCUAUUCAGGCGGUCUAUCGUGAGCAAAAUAAAGUUGCAGAUUGCCUCGCGAAGUUUGGGGCCAAGCAGGAGGAUGGAAGGAAAACUGUGGACCUUUGCCCAAUUGGAAGUGAAGACGCUUUUUUGGAUGAUUUGGCGCAUGUCACCAGUGCUCGAAGAGUGGUGGAGUUAGCAAGCUAG